ACGCUUCGCCCGUCCGAUUUUUCUUCCUUUGCGACCAGGAGCUUUUCUGCAGCAGUUUCCUCCGAAACUUACGCCCGUGCAGAUUUAUGGCCGGAAAAUCAUAGCACCGCCAGCAACGUCGAGCUAAUGGAGGCCAUGAAGAAAUUGGACGCGGACCUGGUGGCCCUUUUCGCCACUGCUGCCUCCGCCGAACCUCUUAAGAUUAGGAAACAGCAGGAGGUCCUGUGGCCGGGAGCCGAGCCGGAGCAAACCGCCCAGGAAUCGGAGGAUGAUGAGCUGGUGAUGACGCCGGAGCUCUUCCGCAGCUGCAACGCCUUGCAGCUGCACUUGGAGGCACUGACAUUGCAGCCGGAGGGAACCCAACGCAUGGAACUGGUUCAGAACGAAGUGCGACCCAUUUUCACCGUGGAGUGCCAGCUGUCGGGGGACUUGAUCCGUAAAGUGCCGCGCCAACCGAUGUUCCACAUCAUGCAGUUCGAGUCGGAGAAGUUCCAGAGCCUGACGCAGUGCACCCGUUUCGGGCAGACGGCUCAGCGUCAGGUCGAUAUGGAAGAUAAGAGCCUGCAGGAUCCGGAACAGAGUGCUGGCCAUGUAGACAUCACGGUUUGGUGGCGCGAACCCGGCACCUGUCUCAACGAAAUGCUCGGCAUGGGCCGCCUGGAGCUCAGGGAGCUCUACAGGGCAUCCCUGUUGGAGCAGUGCAAGUGCAUUGCCAUUCGGCGACGCGACGUCCACCUGGGUAGCGUGUACUUGAAGAUCAGUCUGCUUCAGAAUUUGAAUGGUAGCCCGGAGCAGCCGCAGCAACAGCAGCAGCAGCCGGGCCAAAAGAACGAAAGUGGAAACAAGGCAGCAGUUAAUUGCAACUCGAAGGCCGUUUUAACGCCCCCUCAGCCGCCGGCGCCGCCACCUCCUCCUCCCCAAGCCAACAACAACAGCAAGGCCAUCUUGGAGUGCAUCAACUUCAUGGCAGAGACCAAUAAAGUCCGUCUCCUCAGGGGUUAUCUCUACGCCGGGGAGCUGCGUCAAUUAACGGCGGGCGGUAGUAAGACCGCGUGCCAGGAGCUAUCACUUGAGCCCUUCUGGCAGCCGCAGCCACUGCUGAGCAAGUUAACCGAUGGGGGAUCCUUCGAGCUGCAGGAGCAAUUCGCCAUCAUCAAUGAUGAGCGCUUCCUGCAGAGCGUCGAGCGGCAGCAGCUGGUCAUGGAGCUGCGUCCAUUGGGAGGAGUCGUACGACUUCCGCUGCACCAGUUCUUCAUCGCCUACAGAGACUCCAGCAUCACAAAUCACCUGUGCAAGGGAAAGCUACCAGUGAUCUCCAUCGAUGGCUGGGCACCAAUUGUCAGUGCUGAGAACAAGACGCCUCUGGGCGAGCUCAAGGUGCUUCUGGCCAUUGGAAGUGAGUCGCAGAUUGCUCAACUGAAGCAGCUGCGUGGCUUCGACCAUGACAACAACCAAGUACCGGCUCCAAGCCGGACCACAGACUUACUCGACAUGCUUCAAAAUGCCAUCGCAGCUCCGACGCCGAAUAUCGCAGGUCCAGUAAUGCCGCCGCCACCGGCUCCUCCAGCGCCCAGUACCUUUAGCUUCCAGUUGCGCAUCGUGGGAGCUGCUGGACUGCCCCUAAAUCCCGGCUAUGGGAAAUCGAAGAAGCAAGUAAAACGUCAGUCGGCAGCCAAGCGCUUCCCGCCCAACGAACCUCCCAACACCUAUGUGACCUUCCAGGCCAUCAGUUGCAAUAGUCAGACCUAUAAGUCGCACGAAGGAUUGGUGUACGCCACACCAAUUGUACCCAAAUCGACGAAGCCCCAGUGGCUUAGCAAGUUCCGCGUGGACGUGAGUCGCGAUUAUCGCAGCAAUCCCCAGAAGCUUUUCAUUCUGAAGCUUUGGAAAAAGGCGGUUGUUAGCCCAAAUGGCAUCACAGAGCCGUCUCCCCAUGAAGAUGCCAUAAUAGGAUUCGCUGCACUUAAUCUUAACCAAAAACAAGCGGGCGGAGGCUUUCCCAGCGGAUGGCAUAACAUAGUAGACUUCAAUGGACGUGUGACUGGGGGAAUCGAGGCGCACGUGGAGCCCAUAUCGCCCAGUGUAGAUACCGUAAUCGAUCAGUUCGAGAAGUCCAUGGAACUGGGUCACUUGCAGUUGGGCCAGGCCAUCAAGCGCAAAUACACGGAGCUGGAGGAGAUCUCGCAGAGAUUGCGAUCUCGGCUGGUGGAUGUGACGGGGGAAACGCUGAAGUUCCCGGAAUUCGAUGUCGACUCCGCAUUGGACAGUUGGCAACAGGAGGGAGAUGACGAUGAUUUAGCGGAGGACUUUGAACGCUCCCUACGCACUCCCACGCCCCCUGGCUCGCCAACGCCCUCCACCAGCACCGCCGCACAAAAUCUCAGAAACUCGAACGGUCAGGAAUAGCCCAGGGCCAAAAGUCAGUUAAGAAUGUUUUUUCCUCUCUCCACAUCUCGAUGUCGUCUCUGAUAUUGGCUCAAAUGGUAGCUAUAGUUAACCAUCUAGAUUUAGGCAAUAUAUAUAUAUAUAAUGCGCGGAUCUUAAUCUGAUCUGAUAUUAUGCUGUACUUAAAUUGGCAUCCCAGUUUUGCCUCGAUUCACCGUCUUAUGGCUGUCUAUAUAGCAUAAAAUCAAAGCUAGCAACGAUCACCCAGCGAUCGUUUCAUUGAGUUACAAAUCGUCGAUUGAAUAUUGUUUUAAGUCACGAGGAUUUUUCCCAGCAACCACACGGAAUAUGUAUUAGUUUCGGAACUGUGUUAAUCACCUAAGUAUUUAGACACUAUUACCUAAUAAAACUUUAAAUAAAAUUACAAUUGCUAAAGCAACUC